GGACGCUAGCUACCACACUCGCCACGGUGUUGAGCUGCUACGGUGGUAGUGAAUGGAACGCGCGGUGUGCCGCACGUCCUCGCGUAGUACAACGCUCCGAACGCUCCGCGGGCGCCGCGCCACCAAUGGCCAGCGAGUACGGGCGGUCACGUGACGCGCGUGCCGAGCCAGCCAGCAGAACAUUGCAAAUGACAAGACGCGUAGGGCAUUGUCGUCGCGCCGCCGCCGCUGCCGCUGUCGCCGUCGACCUAUCGCUCUCGGAAAUACCUCCGGCCGUAAAUCAUCCCUCGGUGGUAGUGCUUUAGCGCAGGUGGCCUCCACGUCCGGACGUACGUCAGGCGUCCCCGAGGCGAUCCGUAGUCGGUUGCGCGCGCGACUCUCGUCAGGAGCUCCCGCGCCCUGAGAGAGAGAGAAAGAGCGGCCGCCAGCCAAGGAGGAAGCCGCCAGGUGCGCGUCCGGUUUCGGUCCGCGCGCGCGGACCCGCGAUUCGCCACCGUCGCGACGUCGCUGUCGUACCCCGUGUAAGUGAGAGAAGAUGUCGGGCUCGCAGCGUAUGCGAAAAUCCUCGCCAUGCUCGAAGCAGGGCCCGAUGCGCGCCACCCUGCCCGUGAGCUCGCUGAUGAGACAGGGCCGGCAGAGCAGCAGUCUCCGCAAGAGCAACAGCAACAGUCCCACCGUCUCGCCGACGAACGCGGCCGUCUGGCGGGCGCGCAUUUCGCCGGAGACGUCGUCUUCCUCGGGACAGCGGAGCCCCGGAUCCCUGUCCUACAAAGCCAAAUCAAAAACAUUGAGUGGCCGUUGUAGCGAUAGCUUAAGUGGAAACCAGAGCAUUCGACGGACAGCAUCUCUAGAUACUAUCUAUUUGAAAGGACAAUGGCCACGUGACUCCUAUUAUAUGCAUUCCAGUCUUUUGGUAGAUAAAUCUACUCAGACGGAAGAAUGUUCCAAUGAGCCAAGAAAAAUGCAUACUCGUCAUCCUACAGAACAAACUGUCACUGAUGAGAAAUUGGAGAAAAAUUACUUCAGGCAUCGAUUACAACGUACAAAUAAGGAAGGUACUAGCAGUAGAGAGCGAACGGCGGCAUUUGGACUAAUAAUGCCAGGUGGCCCACCACCUGCACUUCCUGGUGAUCAUUCAGUACUUUUGCCCAGUAUUGCUUCACAGACAUCCAUGCACAAUCAAUUUAGCUUGAGUACAAAAGCAAGUCCCAUGAAUAUCCCAGUAAAACCAAUAAGGCCUCCAAUGCGUUCGUCUAUCGAAGGACUCAAUCAAGAAAUAGAAGGACUUGUGCUCAAAAAUACAGCCAAUAACAGUGAUGCAGACCACCCAGUAGAAGACAAGUAUGCACGAUAUCGCGAGCAAAUUACACCCGAAGGACAUCGCGCCCCUCUAGCAGACUUAUUGCGGGCUACUCGGAGUGUCAACACACAAACACCGGCUACUGACCUUCCCUCCAGUUCUUAUUCUUCAGGCCCUCCAUCUAGGAAUUCUGAGUCUCCGCUGAUUCCUGGUGUUAUGGAUGCAUCCCGUCCGCCUAGCGAUCUCUUACAAGGUGGAAGCCGUGGUUCAACACCUGAACAAGAUAGAGAAGGACGUCUCGGCACUUCUCCUCACAUUAACAGGUUCCUUGCGAGGGAACCGCCCGAUGGCUGUGAGAAAGUCAACCUCAAAUUUGUGGAAGAUGCGAGGCGGCCCAUGAUAGAUUUGAGCAAACUAGACUAUUGCCCAAAGCCGUGCGUUCCAGCAUUCCAGUUGAAACCCAGCUUGGGAUCAGCGUUCCUGCCAUUGCAACAGCCGGCCAGUCCGACAAUGGUCGCCAGUGCAUCACCCUCCGCGCAUACAACACCGACCACACCUCCUCCAAAUCCAUAGUCCCACUCUUUACCUUGCGGUGUUACACUUAUAAGCUCGAUUAGUAUAUAUACAUAUAUAUAUUUUUUUUUAACGAUCUUGUGGGUAGAAAGUGAUUUACUUCGAGAUAAAAGCAUAUAACGACAAAGAAAAGUUACCGAACAAAACAAAAAGAACAGCCUGUCCCCAGUGCGCCCCGUGCGAAUAUCGUGCGGACUUGUGAAUUGUGUAAUUAAAAGGAAGUUGCAUCGAUAAAAAAAGAAGUAUUAGAAGACAUUUGAGCUCCGUUCUAAUGAUUGAAACAAUAAUAAAUACGAGGAACAAUAAUUUGUGAUAACUAAAAAAAAAAAACAAAAAGAAAAGAAACGACAAAAAGUUUAGAAAUGAACAUUGUGUUCUACAGGGAAAAAAGACUAAUGAAAUUGUGUAUUCUAAAUUUAGUGCUAAAAUGUGCUAAACGACUUUAGUUUUGUAUACACGAAUAAAUAUUCAAGAUGAGAAAAGGUAUUAAAUUUCAUUGUUGGAAUGAACAAAAUUCUACGGAUACAAAGAAAAGAGCACGUGUUCACAAUAUAUAUAUACAGGGUGUUUGAAAUUAACCGCCAAAUAUUUUAU